AUGUCGUACCUACUAGAUUCCUUACCCAUCUCCAGUAGCGCGGGGUCGAGCGGAGAGCCGGCCCGAGCUCCUGCCCCACGAGCGGGGCGUCGGAGGCGGUCAUCCAACAAAACGCGGCGCUUACCGACCUCGACUUCGGAGUCGGCCCUUUCACUUGAGGCCUAUGUCACAAAACUCACUUUCGAGGAUGUCGAAACCUUGCCCAAGACGAAUAACAAGAUCAAACCUUUCAUCCUGAAAUCGACAACCUCUAGCUCGACGACGACCACGCUCGCCUCGAUUGGAUCCUCACCGCGAUGCGAUCAGCCCAAGUCGAGGGCAGCGUCAAAGCCACAGGCCUCGUUAGAUGGACGGAUCGAAACGGCAACGACAAAUCUCCCUGUGACAAUCAAGGUCAGAAGCAGCAAUGGGAACAAGGGCAAAACCCCCGGCCGACCCUUUUUUGUUCCUGCCGAUCCUUUCGCAACAUCCUCGAACCCGAUCCCGUCAAAGCCACCUCGCAAACGAUCGACGUCAACCGCUUCCCAUGCUUCCGCCAAAGCCACCCUUCAAGCUAUCGAUACAAAACGACCUCCGGUCCCUAGUUUGCAUCGCUCGAGCUGUAACAUCUCGAUGCACGACCUCGUGGCUUCGAUCAGCGACCUCAAAUCCAUCGCUGCGACGAUCGACACUCCGAUGACGUCUACGGAUGAGAACUCUGGCCCAACCCCGACGGCGGCCUAUCACGAAUCCUUUGCCCAUGUCUCCUCUGCUGUCGUCAAAGUCGUUUCGUCCCCAAGUCGACUGAGAUCGCGUACCCAGCCAAUGCGGAGACCUUUGAGUGUACAGGCCCUAUCUUCGACCCCACUGCGAUCAUCCCCAAAACCAAUCCGGCGUGUCGCGCAUGACGACGACCUGACAUACUCGAUCAACUCUUUACGGGGCCCCGCCAAGUCAAUGACAUACGAUAACGUCUCGAGGUCAACGUCGAGGGACAAGAAGCCGUCGCGGAGGAGAGAAAUGCCGAUCGCGCUCGGAUUUGCGGGCGAACCGAUGGAGUACCGAUCGAUGCAAGAGGUGCGUUCGAUGUUUAUAUUUCGUGAGAAUUGUGAUGCCUAUCCCUCUUCAUUGCUGACUUCCAGCUUCCCCUUGAUCCAAUAGCUGCUCGAAGCCUCGGGAUUCAAAGACACCCGCGUCGUCACACCUGUUUCAAAACCCAAGCAAGCAAACCAGAUCCCCGACUCUUCCCUCGGAAUGCCCAUCCCGGGACCUUUCCCUUUCUCGACCUCGCAUUUGCAAGGUAACAACACCUCGUCGACCUUGGUCGAAGGGCUCUUGGCACCUUCGUCGCAAUACUUUAGCAGUCCUUCGUCGUUGCACCCGCCUUUAUCGAAGGGGCAUAAAUUGUCGAUGCUGUCAUUACGAGGCUUGUUCUCCCUCUGGAAAGCAGAGGACGAAGCCAUCCCUUCGACCUCCCCACAAGCCCAUCCCGAGGAUCGGAUCCCACGCCAAGGAGCUCACUCGAACGCAGCCGAUUCAAUCGAAGAAGCGGACCUCAUCCAACAUUGCGAGCAUUCGACACUCUUUAUAGAACGGAAAGCGCAGUUCUUGCUCAAGACACAAGCUUGGGUCGACGAAGUCGCUCGUGAGGCAGCGGCGUUGAGCAUUUCCCCGGCGAUGUUGAGGGCUUCUCUGCAGCCCAAAUCGUUCGCUUCGAUUGUAGCGCAGGAGGAGAAGGAGGAGCAAGGUCGAGGAAUCGAGGCUCUGCAUGCUUUGGGGAGCGAUCUGGAGAUACGCAAAGGAUCAUUGAUGUCGUCGAGACAUGAGGGUCUGGUGAUGUCGCCCUCGUCGAAUCACUAUCAAUCGUUCGGCGUCGCCGCACUUGGAAUGGAAGGUGCCGAAGCGAGGAACCAAUGGCUUGACAUCGAGGCCCAACUCCGAGAUGCGACGACAUUUGAGGACGAGGAUCUCGCCUUUGUCGGCGAUCACUUACCUCGCCUACAGUAUGAUGAUGUCGUCUCUGAGCGUGAUGGUGAAUCGACGCAUCACACACCCCGUCGCCCACGGCAGAUCGCUCAAGUGUGCCCCGUGCCACUCGGCUCGAACCCAACCGAGCCCCCGACAUCACUCUGGGCAACCUUGCGAACCAAAGCAUCGAAUGCGAUGCUCUCCCUCUACACCCCCGCCGCACCACCUCUUCCCGAGGGUGGUAAAGCCGCCGAAGAAGCUCGUCGCUCCGGAGCCCCGAAAGCGAUUAGGAAAGCUGUUUCGACCUCAGCUUUGAAACCUGUUUUGUCGACGGGGAUGUGUUUGGAAGGAUUUGAUAAGGGUUUUGAUUGGGAUCGGGCGAGGAGAAGUAUUCAGGCGGUGCAGAGGGGCCCAUAA